GACUCGGCAGCAGGGUUUCACAGCAGCAGCAGCAGCAGCUUGUCCUGGAUUACGAACCAUAGCUGAGGAGCUAAAAGAGGCUGUCACAUUGGAGAAGACAGGCGGUUGUAGUGCUGAACUAACUGAAGGAUUGUUUUUUUUUUUUGUCUCCUCUGUGUCUUCUACUACACUGUUUUCCAAGUCAGCUGCCUCCCGGGCUUGAUUAAUUUACAAGGCUGUGCAGAGGCACGCAGAGGGAUUUAAUUAGAGGCUGGAAGCCAACGCUGAGGGUAUCUGAAGAGGAAUUGGAAGAUAAGGAGCUGACAACACAGACCUGUCCCAUAUUGAUCUUCUGUCUAUCUCUCUCUCUCUCUCUCUCUCUGUCUCUCUCUCUCCCUCUCUAUCUCUGUCUCUCUCACUCCCUCUCGGAGGGACACCAAACACCUCUGACCCGGAAACAGCCUGUCUGUCAGGCAAGGUGGAUGUUAGGAUAAAAACUUCUUGAGGAUUUCACUGAGUUGCUCCCUUGACGUCUUCUCCUCCUCACCCCACAGUUCUCUCCCCUGAGGCAGGGCUGUGUGAACGGUUCAGAGGGGGGCAGCGGUAGGGGCUGUGAGGAGCGGAGAGGGGCUGUGCCGGGGUCCUCAGGGGCAGAGGAAGAAGCAGCAGCCUGUCCUGGCCUGGCCUCUAUGCGGUUGUGGAAGGGGACAGGGUCAGGGAGCCUGGGGCUGGUUCAGGCCGCAGGGUCUGGUGGUGGGAUAGAAAGACAGGUGCUGCUGCGGCCAUCAUGGAGAGGAGUGGCUGCAUCCCCCUAUGCUGGGCCCGGGGCACCUGUGUUUACGCUCAACACCCUCCACUCCCAAAAUAUGACAGACAGCUAGCCCCCACCAAAGGAAGCAUGGCGUCAGCGUACCUGGACCCCAACCUGAACCACCAUGCUGGGUUGGGCGGUGGGGUGUCGAAGCCGGGGACAAUGGACCGCGUGCUCAAGAUCCACCACUACUUGGAGAGCAACAGUGAACCAUCCACCUGGGCCAGCCACAUCCGCCACGGAGAUGCCACUGACGUCAGGGGUAUCAUCCAGAAGAUAGCAGACAUCCACAAGGUGAAGUGUGUUUCCUGUCUGGGCCUGCGUCUCAGCCACCUGCGCUCAGGGAACAUCCACUGGCUGCACCCCGACAUGGGGGUGUCCCGCGUCAGGGAGAGGUACGAGCUGCUCCACCCUCAGGAUGAGUGGAGGUAUGAGCUACGGAUACGCUACUUGCCAAAAGGAUUCUUGAACCAUUUUUCAGAAGACAAACCUACACUGAACUACUUCUACCAUCAGGUCAAGAGUGACUACAUGUUGGAGGUAGCUGAUCGAGUCGACCAAGACAUUGCACUUAAAUUGGGCUGCCUUGAAAUCAGGAGAUUUUUUAGGGAAAUGCGAGGAAAUGCCCUGGAUAAGAAAUCAAAUUAUGAAUUAUUAGAAAAAGAUGUGGGUUUACGAAGAUUCUUCCCCAAGAGUUUGCUGGACUCUGUGAAGGCUAAACCACUAAGGAAACUGAUUCAGCAGACCUUCAAACAAUUUGCCAACCUAAACGAUGAACAGAGCAUUCACAAGUUCUUUGAGAUCUUGUCUCCCAUUUACAGAUUCGACAAGGAAUGUUUUAAAUGUGCCCUUGGGUCCAGUUGGAUUAUCUCUGUGGAGCUUGCCAUUGGACCUGAGGAGGGCAUCAGCUACCUGACAGACAAAGGAUCGACUCCGACACAUCUGGCCAACUUCACCCAGGUACAGACCAUCCAGUACUCCAGCACAGAGGACAAGGUGCGCCAGGGGAUGCUGCUGCUCAAUGUGGCUGGAGCCCCUGAGCCUCUGACGGUGACCACAGCGUCUCUGAACACGGCAGAGAACAUGGCUGACCUGAUAGACGGAUACUGUCGCCUGGUCAACGGAGUCUCCCAGUCCUUCAUCGUCCGUGUUCAAAAGGAGGGAGAGAGAGCUCUACCUUCCAUCCCAAAGUCCACCCCAAAAGUCUCCAACCAUGAGAAACGUCUGGAUGGGGGGGUCCGGACACGGGUCGCAUGUGUCUCAGAGACAGACGACUAUGCGGAGAUCAUAGAUGAUGAGGAUACCUACACCAUGCCCUCCAAAUACUAUGGACUAGAGGAAGCCAGGGACUAUGAGAUUCAGAGACAGAGGAUUGAGCUGGGUCGCUGUAUCGGAGAGGGACAGUUCGGGGACGUCCACCAGGGAGUCUACAUGAGCCCGGAAAACCCUGCUCUGUCUGUGGCCAUCAAGACGUGUAAGAACUGCACCUCUGAUAGUGUCAGGGAGAAGUUCUUACAAGAAGCUCUGACCAUGCGUCAGUUUGACCACCCCCACAUAGUGAAGCUGAUUGGAGUGAUCACAGAAAACCCAGGGUGGAUCAUCAUGGAGCUGUGUACACUGGGAGAGCUACGCUCCUUCCUGCAAGUGAGAAAAUACAACCUCGACUUGGCAUCACUGAUUCUCUACGCUUUCCAGCUAAGCACAGCACUCGCCUACCUGGAGAGCAAGCGUUUUGUACAUAGGGAUAUAGCUGCCAGGAACGUGCUGGUAUCCUCAGUGGACUGUGUUAAACUGGGAGACUUUGGCUUGUCUCGAUACAUGGAGGACAGCUCCUAUUACAAAGCCUCCAAAGGGAAACUGCCUAUCAAAUGGAUGGCACCAGAGUCUAUUAACUUCAGACGCUUUACCUCAGCCAGUGACGUGUGGAUGUUUGGUGUGUGUAUGUGGGAGAUCCUCAUCUACGGAGUCAAACCCUUCCAGGGGGUGAAGAACAACGAUGUCAUCGGCCGGAUAGAGAACGGAGAGCGUCUGGCCAUGCCCCACAACUGCCCCCCUACCCUGUACAGCCUGAUGACCAAGUGCUGGGCCUACGACCCUAGCAAGAGACCCUGCUUCACAGAGCUCAAAGCCCAGCUCAGUCAGAUAUUGGAGGAGGAGAAGCUCCAGCAGAAGGAGAGGACACGUAUGGAGAUGAGACGUCAGGUCUCUGUGUCCUGGGACUCAGGGGGGCCUGACGAGGCGCCGCCUAAACCCAGCAGACCAGGGUACCCAAGCCCACGCUCCAGUGAGGGGUUCUACCCCAGCCCACAGCACCUGGGGCAGCCCACCCACUACCAGAUGGCAGGAUACCCAGGCCCCCACGGCAUGCCCUCCAUGACCAGUGGGAUGUACCCUCCCCAGGCCUCCCACGAUCCCCAUGACACCUGGAACCCCCACCGACAGCAGGACCUCCCCAUGUGGUCCCCCAACAUGGAGGACAGGGGGUCUCUGGACAUGCAGGUGAUGGGUCAGGUUCUCCCCCCCCUCCUGAUGGAGGAACAGCUGAUGAUGCAACAGCAGCAGAUGGAGGAGGACCAGCGGUGGCUGGAGCAGGAGGAACGCUUCCUGAAGCCGGAUUCAAGGAAUUCCAGAGGCAGCAUUGACCGGGAUGACUGCAUCCUCCAGGGCCAAACAGGAAACCAGCACAUAUACCAACCCAUAGGCAAACCAGAACAUGCAGCUCCACCAAAGAAACCUCCCCGUCCUGGAGCCCCCAGUCACCUGGGUAGUCUGGCCAGCCUGAACCCUGUGGACAGCUACAAUGAGGGAGUGAAGCCCUGGCGGCUCCAGCCUCAGGAGAUCAGCCCACCCCCCACUGCUAACCUGGACCGCUCUAAUGACAAGGUCUAUGAGAAUGUCACAGGACUGGUGAAGGCUGUCAUAGAGAUGUCCAGUAGAAUUCAGCCUGCGCCUCCCGAGGAAUACGUGCCAAUGGUCAAGGAUGUGGGUCUGGCACUGAGGACACUCCUGGCCACAGUGGAUGAAACAAUCACGUUACUUCCAGCUAGCACACACAGAGAGGUGGAGAUGGCCCAGAAGCUGUUGAACUCUGACCUGGCGGAGCUGAUCAACAAGAUGAAGCUGGCCCAGCAGUACGUCAUGACCAGCCUGCAGCAGGACUACAAGAAACAGAUGCUGACAGCCGCCCACGCCCUGGCUGUAGACGCCAAGAACCUUCUAGACGUCAUCGACCAGAGCCGGCUCAGGAUGUUGGGCCAGGCCCAGCCGCCACCUCACUAGUGCUGGGGGAGGAGGGUGUGGAGUGUGGGAUGAACGGACUCAACUCAAAGCUUCUGGCUGAAUGACUGUCUGGACAGAUGGAAGCCAUGUGGGGGCGCCCUUGGGUUUGUUCACCUGUUCUGUCAUUUCUAAUCAGUGAUUACUUCAAGGAAGGGAGGAAUGAGGAAGAAUGCACUGUGAAGGAAUUUGAAUGGGGCACUGCUUCUACAGGACCGUCAGAUGGACUGGACUCCAUGUGCAUCACCAGGCAGACUAGCGACCACCUCUGACCCUCACUCCCAACACACCACUACUUUUUAUAGACUUGGAAUCUUUGAAGAGUUAUUUUAUUUUAUGCUGCACCGAUUGUGUCGGCUGACUAACUGUGAAUUCCUACAGUCCCAGAUUUCAUCUGAAGAAGAAUCAGGAGGCACACUUCAGAAAUUGCUCUCCCCAGAGGACAUAUGGGAGAUGAUGUGGACAACACAACUGAACUAGAACCUCUAUUCUUUAGUAGACAGAACACUGAACUCCUCACACUACGUCUAACAUGUCUGCGUCAUUGUUAACACUUGUCACAAGCUCAAUAGUGAUUCAUGGAGGAUCACAAACACUGGGAUAUAUUUUGUCUUGGCUCAGUCGGCCAUCUUGUCAAAUAGGAGAAAAUAAAGGAUGAAAUAAAAUGAUGACAAAAAGACAAA